AAGCAAAUCUUUUGUCCCUGGCGGCGCUGAGCCAGCAGGGCGCCGCYGGGUAUAUACUGAGUCCGGUGGAGGACGGCGGCGCACCAUGGCGCAGCGCUCCGGGAAGAUCACUCUCUACGAGGGCCAGCACUUCACAGGCCRGAAGCUGGAGGUCUUCGGGGACUGUGACAACUUCCAGGACCGAGGCUUUAUGAACAGAGUGAACUCCAUCCGGGUAGAGAGUGGCGCCUGGGUCUGCUUUGAUCACCCCGAUUUCCGGGGCCAGCAGUUCAUCCUGGAGCAUGGUGACUACCCCGACUUCUUCCGCUGGAACGGCCACAAUGACCACAUGGGCUCCUGCCGGCCUGUAGGAAUGCAUGGGGAGCAUUUCCGGCUAGAGAUCUUCGAGGGCUGCAACUUCACGGGCCAGUGCCUGGAGUUCCUGGAGGACUGCCCCUUCCUGCAGAGCCAGGGCUGGACCAGGAGCUGCGUCAACGCCGUCAAGGUCUACGGGGAUGGAGCAUGGGUCCUCUAUGAGGAGCCCAACUACCGUGGCCGAAUGUACGUGGUGGAGAGGGGCGACUUCCGCAGCUUCUCCGACUGGGAGGCCCACAGUGCCCGUGUGCAGUCGCUCCGCAGGGUGGUCAACUUCUUCUAG